AUGUCCACUAUUUUUGCACCAGCAUUCUUCGCAAAUAAAACUUGGCCGGAUAGUAUUAAAAACGACUUUGCGUUGCAACUGCAACGUUUCAUGUCUGCAUUAACUGACGCGCGUUGGAAGUUGGAUAAUAAAACGGUACUGUACAUGCCUACAGAGAACUUUGACGAUUCCGCUGAUGUGGCCGCGAAAAAUAAAGACGCCGUCAAUCGGUUCGAAAUGAUUGUUAUUCACUGGACCAGGCAGAUCAAAGCGGUUCUUAAUUCACAAAACACUACGGAUGAAGUCGAAGGCACUGGACCUUUGGAUGAGAUAGAAUUUUGGCGAAAUCGUUGUGAAGACCUGACAGGCAUAAGUAGACAACUAGAUAAACCUCAGGUAAAACACAUAACCGACAUUCUGACGGCUGCCAAAUCUUCCUACAUAGCCGCAUUCGUACGUCUGGCUGAUGAAAUCAAAUUUAACACUCAUCAAGCGCAGAGUAACCUGAAAUUUCUGAAUGUUUUGAAAGAGAUGUGUCACCAACUGUCGGACUCAACGCCGAAAGCAAUUCCGUCCAAGCUUCCCAGGCUUAUCAAUGGAAUUCGAAUGGUUUGGGUCAACUCAGAACAUUAUAAUACAAAGGAAAUCAUCACUGGGAUGUUUCGGAAAUUGUCUAACGAAAUCAUCAAUCGAUGUUGCAGUGUCAUCUCUCUUGAUGAUAUCUUUGAUGGAAAAGUGACUUCCAGUUCCAUCAACUUGCAACACUGCAUUACGUGUUGUGAAGAGUAUAAAGUGAUCUAUGACCGCUUGCAGCAAAUGCAUGAGAACCAUUCAACCAAGCCAUGGGAUGCUCAAAAGAAUAGUAUAUUCGCACAAAUUGAUGCGUUCAUUCAAAGGUGUCGGGAUUUGUUGGAGAUUUGUGAAUGCCAGAAGAACUUCGGACGAUAUGAGGAGGGCACCAAGACACCCAUGCCGCUAUUCCAAGGUGCAAGAGGACCAGAAUUGGAAGUUCUCCUCAGCACAAUCGAGCAAAUGUUUGGCAAGCUUAUGCGCAAUCUGUACGACAAGCGUGCAGCUAUACUUGAUGUGAAAGCAACCUCAUGGCAUGACGAUUAUAACCGUUUUCGAGCGGGGAUAAAGGAUCUAGAGGUGAUGAUGCAGAAUGCCAUCAACACGGCGUUCGAGACAGUAACCACCAUUCAACAGGGUGUAGAAAUAUUGGAUGUUUUUGCUCAUUUACAAACACGUGAGGCUAUUAGAAGGACAAUUGAAAACAGGACACAUGAACUCGUUGCUCGCUUCAUUGAUGGUCUUAACUUGGUGAAGAAAGAGAUGACCCAACGGACCUAUGCCGGAUUAACCAUGCCUAUGGAAUCCCACUACAGUGGCCAAGGUAUCUAUUGGCGCUUCUUGCGUCGCCGCCUGGAGAAAAACAUGUUGAGUUUGGAUCUGGCCUUCUUUCUACCAUUGAGCGCAGCCGGAAUGAAUGAACAUCGCCAGCAGUAUGUUCAAACACUGGCAGCCUUGGAGGAUAUGACCCGAAAAACUGCACUGGAGUUCCAGGCCUCAAUCGAUCCAGAUCCACUCAAAGCUCUGGAAGCACCUGUGCUUUCCCGCAGUGUGAGUCAAGUCGGCUUCAUCGAACCCAACUUUAACCCGGUGCUGCUCAAACUACUCAACGAACUGUAUUAUUGGGCUCGGUUAGGGGUCGAAGUGCCACCAAAUGCGGCAGAAGCGUUCCGCCGAAACGCAGAACUCCGCUACUUGAUUCAAACAGUCCUACUUGUCGUUCGCGAUUACAACCGGAUAAUGAACGCACUAAAUAGCGAAGAAAGGGCCAUGUUUCGCGAGCGCAUCAAAAUCCUUGACAAAAAAAUCGCCCCGGGUUUCGGUAAACUCCACUGGACAGUAAAAGGACUGGUCGACAUGUUUGUUGGCGAAGUACGCAUGGAAGCAACGAAAUUGCAAGGCAAGGUGGAUGAUUACAAGGCGGCAAAUGAUGACAUCAAAUUGAACUGCCAGCAGAUUGCUCAAACCUUACUCAUUCGUCUUGAACCGAAUAGGGUGUAUGAAAAUACAGAAUUCGAUGACUGCCAAUUCUCUCAUCGUGAGACCACGAAGGUGAAAUUGCUAGGGAUGCAUGAAGAUAUUGUGCACAAAAUGAAAGAAGUCAAAGAAACUUUCGUUUCGGAAAGUGCAGAUAUUCAGUUCUAUUGGGCCAGAUAUGCUGAACGAAUGGAUCAUUACUGUGAGGAGGCGUUCAGAUUAAAUGUUAAAUACUCACUCAGUGAAUUGCAAAGAGCCAUCAACGGCGAUGGCCGAAACGAUCCGAAUCCACUUUUCAAAGUGGCCCUCAAUUUGGACAACGAUGUGCUUGUGUUUCUGCCAACUUUGCCUCAACUCACGGAUGUGGUCGCCUCACUUGGCGUCAAAUUCACUGAAAUCAUUUCCGCAGUGCCGCGUUUGCCUGACCUUCUCACCCGAGUGAAGUCGACCAAACCGUCCAUCAGUGAAGCGAUCGCAAAUGAUGAUGAGAUUAACAAGAUACAAGCAAGCAUCAAACGAGGCAUGCAAGAAAUCAGCACCGCGGUACAAGAGCCACUCAGCUACUGGGAUCAAUUCCGAGAGAUAUGGGAACUGCCUAAAGAUGACUUUAUCCAGCGGUAUCGUCAACUCAACCCACAUGUGUCCUCCAUUGAUGCAGAUAUUGCCAGAUACACCGAAGUGACAAACAAAGUCCAGGACGCUGAAACCAUGGUUACCACACGUUUUCUGCAGCUAGACUUCAGUUUAUUGAAGAAUGCAAUCGCUGCCCAUUGCCGAGAUUGGCAACAACGCCUGACUAACCUUCUGUUGGAUAUGACCACGGAUUCGUUGCAUGGCAUCUACACCUACAUCGAGACAGUAUCUGAAAAAAUAUCGAAGCCCCCGCAAAACCUGGCUGAACUCAGUGAUUCCAUUCAGUUACUGGAACGCAUUUUGACCGAACAACAUGAGAUUCAAGCUAAAUUUGGUCCACUGGAAGAACAAUUUGCCAUACUAGACAAAUGUGAAGUGACGUACACCGAGGAGGUGGCAACCAAGCGUGCCAAUUUACUAAAUGACUGGAUGCAAUUCCAAAGCGCACUACUCUCUGCGGAACAGAUGAUCAAAAAGUCAAAAGAAAAGUUCAAAACUGGCCUACUGUCAGAUUCGGAAGACUUCAAGAGAGCUGUUAACGAACUGCUUGCAGAAUUGCAAACCAAUGGACCAUAUUCAGCUCAACUAUCGCCUCAGACCGGUUUGGAUAUUGUAGCUGAUUUCCGAGAUCGCUUAAACAACCUGAAAACUCGUGAGUUGGAACUUCGCCAUGGACUCAAUCUAUUCAAAAUCGAGCAGCCUCCUUGCAAGGAAAUCGCCGUGAUUGAAAAGGAUCUGGAAUAUCUCGACCUGAUUUGGAGCAUAAAUCUGGAAUGGGAGAAGAAUUGGGAAACGUGGAAAGUCGGACGAUUUUGUGAGCUGGAAACCGCCGGCAUGGAAACUUUGGCUAAUAAUGUGUUCCGCAAAUUUACAAAAAUGUCUCGUGAUUUAAAGGAUCGCAAUUGGGAAGUCGUCGAAAGCAGUAAGGCCAGAGUGGACCAAUUUCGCAGAACAAUGCCGUUGAUUGUCAGCCUUCGCAAUCCGGCCAUGCGACAACGUCAUUGGGCGCAGUUGAAAACAGAGAUGAGCAAGCAGUUCGACGAGAGCUCGCAGGAGUUCACCCUGGAGCGCAUUAUACAGCUCGGUUUCGAACAAUACUCUGACAUCGUCCAUGAAAUUUCUGGCGCCGCCACCAAGGAACUGGCCAUUGAACACGCGUUAGAUAAUAUGGAAAGGUUCUGGCAAAACAACGAGCUCGACAUUAUUCCGCAUAAGGAGAAAAACACCUACAAGAUCCGUUCCACAGAUGAGGUGUUCCAAGCUUUGGAAGAUAAUCAGGAACCGGACGAUUGUUUUGUGCGUCAAACCAACACCUGCUUCUUAUACGGGUACGAGUAUUUGGGCAACUCUGGUAGGCUGGUUAUUACCCCUCUAACCGACAGAUGCUACAUCACCCUCACAACCGCGCUUCAUCUACACCGUGGUGGUUCGCCGAAAGGUCCAGCUGGGACAGGCAAGACGGAGACAGUAAAGGACCUAGGCAAAUCGCUCGGGGACUAUGUGAUUGUCGUGAACUGCUCCGAGGGCUUGGACUACAAAUCCAUGGGUCGCAUGUUCGCCGGUCUCGCACAAACUGGAGCCUGGGGAUGCUUCGAUGAAUUUAACCGCAUCAACAUUGAAGUGCUGUCCGUUGUUGCCCAACAAAUUCUCUCCAUCCUCUCCGCACUCGCUGUGGCCUCGCAUGCAUCGAAUCCAAUGGAGAAGACACGUUUUAUGUUCGAUGGACGUAUGCUUCAAUUGGUCUGGUCCUGUGGGAUUUUUAUCACUAUGAAUCCAGGUUACGCGGGACGCACGGAGCUGCCGGACAAUCUCAAAUCAAUGUUCCGUCCGAUCGCCAUGGUGGUGCCGGAUUCCUCAAUGAUUGCUGAGAUCACCCUAUUCGCCGAGGGAUUCGGCUCAACAAAGCUUCUGGCGAAGAAGGUGUUCACAUUGUACAAUUUGACUGUGCAGCAGCUCAGUAAGCAAGACCACUACGAUUUCGGCCUAAGGGCCUUGGUUUCUGUCCUUCGGUACGCCGGUCGUAAAAAGCGCUCCAGCCCGACGAUGUCCGACGAGGAGAUUCUGCUUCUAUCGCUGAAUGAUAUGAAUCUGGCAAAGCUGACCUCCGCCGACCUACCGCUAUUCCGUGGGAUCAUGGCCGACUUAUUCCCCGGAGUGGAAUCGCCUACCAUGGAUUACAGCGUUAUUAAAAAAGCGGUAGAAGCGGCCUGCCAAUCAAACAAUUUGUGCAUCAUUCCAUUCACAAUGAACAAGGUAAUACAGUUAUACGAGACAAAGAGCUCACGGCACGCGGUGAUGUUCGUUGGCAAGACUCUGUCUGGCAAGUCUACCACGUGGCGUUUGCUACAGACCAUUCACAACAGCUUGGCCAAGACACCCCAGUCCGGAUUUGAAAGAGUUCAGGAUUAUCCUCUCAAUCCAAAGGCGUUAUCUCUCGGAGAGCUAUACGGUGAAUUCAAUUUAUCGACAAACGAAUGGACGGAUGGUAUUCUGUCCUCCAUUAUGAGACAGACGUGUACAGAUGAAUCGCCAGUGUUGAAAUGGAUCGUGUUUGACGGCCCAGUCGACACGUUGUGGAUAGAGAGCAUGAACAGCGUUAUGGACGACAACAAAGUGUUGACGCUUAUAAACGGCGAACGAAUUUCCAUGCCUGAACAGGUUUCCUUAUUGUUCGAAGUUGAAGACCUGUCCGUGGCCUCACCAGCCACCGUGUCUCGCUGCGGUAUGGUCUACAACGAUGUCAAUGAUCUUGGCUGGUGGCCGUACGUCAACUCGUGGUUGGCAUCCAAGUCGGACAAAACACUGGCAGAAGAGACCAAGAGGUUAUUCGAAAAGUAUGUGGAGAAACUUCAUCAGUUCAUACGCCAAAACUGCUACACGUUGGUACCGUUGAGUGAAAUGAACACCGUGAUUUCACUGUGCAGACUACUCGACGCGCUUGCCACUCCCGAUGCAUGGGUGGAUCCGGCAGAUACGGACUACUUUGUUCGAUUGCUCGAGAUGACUUUUCAGUUUUGUAUGAUUUGGAGUAUAUGCUGUACAGUGGACGAAGAGGGUCGGAAGAAAGUCGACGCGUACAUCCGCGAACUAGAAGGCAGCUUUCCCAAUAAGGAUUCUGUCUAUGAGUACUUCGUGGAUCCCAAGGGACGAAGCUGGUCACACUGGGAGGAAAAACUGCGCACUGGCUGGAAAUAUGUCCAAAAUGAACCAUUCCACAAAAUCUUGGUACCUACUGUGGACACAGUGCGGUACCAGUUUUUGGCAGAGGCCAUGAUUCAGCGGCACAAUCCGAUAUUGAUGGUCGGUCCCGUGGGUACCGGAAAGACCUCGUUAGCGGUGAACAUUCUGAACAGCUUGGACUCUUCGACGUGGUCUCACCUGACCAUAAACAUGUCCGCUCAAACAUCCUCAAACAACGUGCAAAGUAUCAUAGAGGGCCGGGUGGAAAAGCGUACGAAGGACACGUUCGUCCCGAUCGGUGGCACACGUAUGCUCACAUUUAUGGACGACUUCAACAUGCCGGCCAAAGACCCCUUCGGCUCACAACCUCCACUAGAGCUGGUUCGACAGUGGCUGGACUACGAGUUCUGGUACGAUAGAUCGAAACAGACCAUCCGGCGUGUGACGAUGAUGGAUUUACUGGCCGCCAUGGGACCACCUGGUGGGGGCCGUACGGUUAUUUCACGGCGGUUGCAGUCCCGUUUUAGCCAAAUCGUUAUAACAUUUCCAACCGACUCUAGUUUGAAACGCAUCUAUGGCAGCAUGUUAACACAGAAGCUGGUCGAUUUCGAGGAAGAUGUCAAAUCGAUGGCGGACAACCUGCUCCAAGCCUCUAUUGAUUUGUACUUUGCUGUGGUGAAUAAGUUCCUGCCGACACCUUCGCGGAUUCAUUACUUAUUCAAUUUGAGAGACAUUUCAAAGAUCUUCCAAGGGUUGCUACGAGCCAGCAAAUCCCAAAUCGAAACACGUAAUGGUAUGCUUCGCCUGUGGAUACAUGAGGGGAUACGUGUGUUUGCUGAUCGCCUGAUCAAUGACAAGGACCGCACCGCGUAUCUGGAACUAGUGGGUGAUGCGCUUGCAACCUACUUUGAUCAAACUUACCACAGUUUGUGCCCUUCACGUCAAGCCCCAAUCUUCGCGGACUUCUUGAAUCCCAAUCAAGAGUACGAAGAUGUAACUGAUUUGAAUCGGUUGCGUACAUUCAUGACUGAAACACUGAAGGAAUACAACGAGACUCCGGGUACCGUACCGAUGGACUUAGUUCUGUUCCGAGAUGCAAUUGAGCACACUUGCAAAAUUGUCCGUGUCAUCAAUCAACCACGUGGAAACAUGCUGCUUAUUGGCAUCGGUGGCAGCGGCCGACAAAGUUUGAGUCGCUUGGCGGCUUACAUUUGCGAAUUCCAAACGUUCCAAAUCGAAGUGACGAGGCAGUAUCGAAAGCAAGAAUUCCGCGAAGAUAUCAAACGAAUGUACUGGCAAACCGGAGUGGAAAACAAACCCACCUUGUUCAUUUUCAGUGAUGCACAAGUGGCAGAUGAAUCAUUUCUGGAAGAUAUCAACAAUCUGUUGAGCUCAGGCGAAGUGCCCACUUUGUAUAAACAGGACGAGUUUGACGAAGUACGCCAAGCGUUGUUGGAUGUGGCCAAACAGAAUGGAGUCAGCGAGCAGACACAACCCAUGUUUCAAUUCUUCAUCGACCGGGUUCGGGCCAACCUGCACAUAGCACUUUGUAUGAGUCCAAUCGGUGAACCGUUCCGCAAUCGGGUCCGCAUGUUUCCGGCGUUUGUCAGCUGCACCACGAUCGACUGGUUCAGCGAAUGGCCCUUAGAAGCCUUGUUGGAAGUGGCCGAAAAGUACUUGAGCGACGUAGUCCUGAUUGUGAGCGAGCCCGAUCCACAAAUUCUCGCCAAGGCACAGACCAAAUUGCGAGCAAGCGUUGCCAAAAUUUUUGCAAACAUGCACCGAUCUGUCUCGGAUAUGGCAUUGGUUAUACUCAGCGAACUGAGGCGGCACGUCUACGUAACUCCCACCAACUACCUGGAGUUGGUUUCAGGGUACAAAAGCCUGCUAUAUCAGAAGCGAAAACAGCUCAGUGACAAAGCGAAUAAACUUGCAAACGGUUUGGGAAAGAUAGAUGAAACCCGUGAGAAGGUGGAAGUAAUGUCCGAGGAACUGGAAGAAACGCGGAAGAAGGUUGCCAACUUCCAGAAAGAAUGCGAUGACUACCUGGUUGUCAUUGUUCAACAGAAGCGGGAAGCCGAUGAACAGGCCAAGUCUGUCAUGCAAACGCAAGAGAGGAUCAAAGUGGAUGAGGUCAAAUGUAUGCACAUGGCUGAGUUAGCCAUGGCUGAUUUGGCCCAAGCCAUGCCCGCUCUCGAAGCUGCUGUGCAGGCCUUAGAAGCGUUGAACAAGAAGGAUAUCACGGAAAUUAAGUCCUACGGCAAGCCUCCGUUUUUGGUGCAAAAGGUGUUGGAAGCAGUUAUGAUUCUUCGAGGCGCCGAGCCGACUUGGACCGAGGCUAGACGUCAACUCGGGGAGCAGGAUUUCAUCAAACAGUUGGUGAACUUUGACAAGGACAACAUAAACGACAGAACAAUGAAGAAGAUAGGACUGUACUGCUCACAAGAUGACUUUCACCCGGAAGUGGUGGGAAAGGUGUCGAGUGCUGCGAAAUCCUUGUGCAUGUGGGUCCGCGCUAUAGAAGUUUACGGCCGCGUGUAUCGAGUUGUGGAGCCGAAGCGUCAACGGUUGCAACAGGCAGAGGCGGUGCUGCGUGAGAAGCAAGAAAUGUUGGCUGCCGCACAGGCGAAGCUAGACGACGUCAAUGCACAAAUGCGACGUUUGCAACAGGAGUACAACGAGAAGAUGGAACAGAAAGAAGAACUUCGACAAAAGGCGGAGCACACCGAAAAGAUGCUGGAUCGAGCGAACAAAUUGGUCAGUGGACUGGCAGGUGAAAAGUUACGUUGGGAAACGACUGUCGCAGACUUACUCCAACGGAUUGAUUUGCUCCCGGGAGAUUGCCUUCUGGCUGCUGGGUUCUUGUCCUACAUGGGACCGUUCCUGAGUGAAUACCGUGAGAAACUAGUGAAGGACUGGCUUGGUCUGGUCCGCGCAGAAGCCGCUCCAGCCACCGAUCCGUUCGUGUUCACAGAUUUCUUAGCAGACCCCACCCAAGUCCGUGAGUGGAACCUUCAAGGAUUGCCACGCGAUGUGUUUUCCGUGGAAAAUGGUGUUAUCGUUACGCGCGGUACUCGAUGGCCAUUGAUGGUGGACCCCCAAGGUCAGGCCCAGCGAUGGAUCAAGUCAAUGGAAGGGAAGGACCUUCGAGUAAUCGACCUACAAACACCCGAUUCCAUGCGCUUGUUAGAGAACGCCAUCCAAUAUGGACAACCUGUGCUUCUGCAAAACAUACAAGAUACUUUGGAUCAAGCUCUCGAUCCAAUCCUUAAUAAGUCUCUGAUCAAAGUGGGCGGAACGAUGAUUUUACGAUUGGGUGACAAAGAGGUGGAGUACAACACACAAUUCCGGUUUUACAUCACUACCAAACUACCAAACCCACAUUAUACACCGGAAAUUUGCUCCAAAACGGCGGUCGUAAAUUUUGCGGUAAAACAGCAAGGUCUAGAGGCUCAGCUUCUGGGCACUGUAGUUCGUAAAGAGCGCCCAGAGCUAGAAGAGCAGAAGGACAAACUGGUUAUCGGUAUUGCGGCCGGUAAACGGAAACUAGCCGACCUGGAAGAUGAGAUUUUGCGCCUACUCAAUGAAGCCCAGGGUUCUCUGUUGGACGAUGAACAACUGGUGAACACAUUGCAGACGUCAAAAACAACCUCCACCGAGGUAACUGAACAAUUGCAAAUAGCGGAGAAGACGGAAGCUCAAAUCGAUGCUGCUCGAGAAGGCUAUCGCCCUUGUGCACAACGCGCUUCUGUUUUAUUCUUUGUUCUGAACGACCUGGGUCGCAUAGAUCCAAUGUAUCAAUUCGCUCUGGACGCAUACAUCGAUCUCUUUAAUCUUAGCAUUGAUAAAAGCCCAAGAUCCGGCAAGUUGGAAGAUCGUAUCCUCCACCUGAAUGACUAUCAUACCUAUGCUGUCUACCGGUACACUUGUCGUGGUUUGUUUGAACGCCACAAGUUACUAUUCUCAUUCCAAAUCUGUGUAAAGAUUCUGGAGUCCGCUGGAAAACUGAAUCAAGAGGAGUACAACUUUUUCCUUCGCGGUGGGAUCGUGCUAGAUCGUGAAAACCAAUUUGACAAUCCAUGCUCCGCUUGGCUCUCGGAGCAAUGCUGGGACAAUCUAACGGAGUUAGAUAAGCUGGCUAAUUUUCACGGUUUGAUAACUUCGUUCGAACAGUAUCCUCGAGAUUGGAAUGUGUGGUUCACUGCCGCUGAGCCAGAGAACACUGCAUUACCAGGGGAGUGGGAUAAUACGACAAACGAGUUUCAACGGAUGCUCAUCAUACGAUCGCUGAGGCCAGAUCGGGUUUCAUUUUGUGCGACCUCGUUUAUCACCAGCAACCUGGGCAAUCGGUUUGUUGAGCCACCAGUGUUGGACAUGAAGCAAGUGGUGGAAGACAGCAACGCGCGGACCCCGUUAAUCUUCGUCCUUUCUACUGGAGUGGAUCCAACAACUGGUCUCCUACAACUAGCAGAAAACUGCGGCAUGGCCAAAAAGUUCAACUGUCUGUCGCUGGGACAAGGACAAGCUCCGAUUGCGACGCGUUUAAUUAAGGAGGGAAUCCGUGAGGGUAACUGGGUGUUUCUGGCCAACUGUCAUCUAUCCUUGUCUUGGAUGCCAGCGUUGGACAAGAUCGUGGAACAACUGUCGGUAGAAGGGACAAACAGCGAUUUCCGCUUGUGGUUGUCAUCAAACCCGAACCCAAAGUUCCCGAUCUCAAUACUGCAAGCAGGAAUCAAGAUGACCACAGAGCCACCAAAAGGUCUUCGUGCUAAUAUGAAACGACUGUACCAUUUGAUCAAGGAAGACCAGUUCACAACAUGCCACAAGCCGGAAAAAUACAAGAAGCUCUUGUUUUGCUUGUGCUUUUUCCACUCCAUUUUACUGGAGCGUCGUAAGUUCCUCAUGCUCGGAUGGAAUAUCCCGUACGAGUUCAAUGACUCUGACUUCGAAGUGUCCGAACAUCUACUUACCAACUACCUGGACCAGUACGAGGAGACCGCUUGGGAUGCGCUACGUUACCUAAUCGCAGACAUAAACUAUGGAGGUCACGUGACUGAUGACUGGGAUCGCCGUCUGCUCAACACGUACAUCAAUGAAUACUUUAAAGAGGAUGCUAUCAAAGAGCCAUUCUUUAAGCUGUCCUCUCUGACCCAUUAUUAUAUACCGCGUGACGGAACGUUGAAUGCCUACCGCGAAUUUGCCUCCAUGCUGCCCCAAAUGGAUCACCCGGAAGCCUUCGGACAGCAUCCGAACGCGGACAUCACAUCACAAAUUCAAGAAUCCCGGAUGCUACUUGAUACGUUACUCUCUCUUCAACCACAAGUCGCGAGUGGAACCGGGGUCUCACGCGAAGACUUGGUGUUGGAACUCAUUGAUAAUUUGCAAAAGCAGAUUCCUGAAGACAUAGAUUACGACGGUACGGUGAAGAUAUUUGCCAACGAUUCGUCUCCUUUGGUCGUUGUACUGUUGCAAGAAAUUCAGCGAUACAACGCCCUGUUAAGACAAAUGCGACGGGACUUGACUGACUUGAGCAAAGGCAUCCAAGGCCUUGUAGUUAUGUCAUCCGAACUGGAGGACAUCUUCAUGGCCAUAUUCGACGGACACGUCCCAGUGCACUGGAGCAAGGCGUAUUGCUCGUUGAAGCCGCUCGGUUCAUGGGCCAGAGACUUGUCCACUCGAGUCGAUAUGUUUGCGAAGUGGGCGCGAACCGCACACGCACCGAAGGCAUUUUGGAUCGGAGCGUUCACGUUCCCCACUGGGUUCUUGACUGCAGUGCUGCAAACUGCGGCGCGUCAGAACAAUGUUGCAGUGGACAGCCUGAGUUGGGAUUUCUCCGUCCUCACCACCACAGAUGUGAAUAUGCUUCCAACUCCAAAAGACGGUGUGUACAUCUGCAACCUGUACCUGCAGGGUGCCGGCUGGGACAAAAAGGCUGGAUGUCUGACGGAAGCAACUCCAAUGCAGCUGGUGUGCCCAAUGCCCGGGAUACAUUUCAAACCGGUUGAGAAUAAAAAGAAACCGCCUAAAAACACUUAUGUGGCACCAUGCUAUUACUACCCAAAUCGCGCGGGCACCUCAGAUCGCUCUUCGUUCAUGAUUGGUGUGGAACUAAAGACGGGUGAGAAGCCGCCUGAGCACUGGAUCAAACGUAGUACAGCACUCCUCAUGAAUCUAGACACAUAG